CAAUACAACAUGCAGCGUUCUCCAAUCUUCCUUGUGGCAGCAGCCAUCCUCCUGGCCAGUGCCCUAGUGCAGGGCCUUGACGAGAAGGCAGCCUUGGCCAAAUUAAUGGAGGCAGCCGAGGGCUGCAUGCCGGAAGUGGGAGCCGGCGACGACGACCUGCAGGAGGUAAUCAAAAAGCAGCCAGCUUCUUCCUAUGCCGGCAAGUGCCUGCGAGCCUGCGUGAUGAAGAAGUUUGGGCUAAUCGACGCCAAUGGCAAGAUGGACUUGGAGGCCGGAAAGGAAAGGGCCAAGGAGUGUAUAGGCAACGAUCCGGCCAAGUUAAAGAUUGCCAUCGAGAUCGGGGAAAUAUGUGCUGCCAUCGCUGUGCCGGAUGAUCACUGCGAGGCCGCCGAAACUUACGGAGCCUGUUUCAAGAGCGAGGCAAUCAAACACGGACUUAUGUAGUCCUUUCCGCAACCCCCGACCUGGACCCACAAUCACUGCUAUAAGUUAAGCAUUUCAAUUUGUAACUCAAUGAAGCAAAACCCUUUAAAAA